AUGGGGAAGAGAUCUAAGUCCAAGAAGAAGGCUUCCGGUGCCUCGCCUAGCGCUUCUCAAAAGUCCUCUAGUUCCCGGUUACCUGGUGAAGAUGCUCCUUCGUCGCCUCUUGUGACGCCGGAAUCCUCCGCCCCUCCCGCAAUUGUCCCAGCCGAUGCUCCAGUAACAGGCUUGACAACUGAUUUGGAACCUGGUGAGAUCCAACCUGAGAUCUCCCCUGAAAUUCCCACACAUGACGCAGAAGAGUGCGCCCUUCGGGUGGCUGCUUCGGAUCCGUCCCGAAUUUCAACCGAUCUGAAGAAUACCUCAGUUGAGAAUGCUUCUCACAACAACACUGCAAAAUUCACGGAAGUGACGGACCCAGCAAAAUCGACAAACCCUAAUUCCCCAAAAGGAGAGAAUUGGGCGAAUCUGUUCAAAGGUAACUCCAAGACCUUAGCUCAGAAAGGAGAAUCCUACAUCUUGCCAUCAGGAGAAGUAUGCGUGAAAAUCCCCAAUUCGAUUAUCGAAAAGCAUCAGAAAUCUUGGGAUUCUUUCAUCAUCGGUCAGUUUUACUCGGAUUCGCCUCCUCAAGGUUUGAUUCACACUAUUGUCAAUGGUAUUUGGAGCAAACAAUUUCGUGAUAUCACAGUCUCUAAAAUGAAGGGUAAUGCUUUUCUCUUCCGCAUUCCAAAUGCUCAAACACGGAGGCGUGUGAUUAGUCAGAGACUGUGGCAGAUCGAGGGACAAACAAUGUUCGUAGCUGAUUGGGUCUCUGGAGUUAUUCCCUCGAAGCCGGAACUGUCUUCAGCUCCGAUUUGGUUGGAACUAAGAAAGGUCCCGUUACAAUUCUUCAAUGACGAUGGCCUUGGAAGGAUUGCAGGGGCAGUUGGGGAACCAAAAGCUCUUCAUCCUUCAACAGCAAAUAAAACCAACCUGGAAGUCGCAAAGGUGUUAACACUAAUCGAUCCGAGAAAGCCUUUGCCGGAAGCGGUAAAUGUUCAGUUCGAUUCUGGUGACAUCAUGAGGAUCCUUGUCUCCAGCCCAUGGAUGUCUCCAGUUUGCUCCUUUUGCAAGGAGAUUGGCCAUAGCGUUAGAAGAUGUGCCUCUGCUCCGAUCUUUUGCUCUACUUGUAAAUCAGCAGCUCAUUCCACUUCAAAUUGUACAAGAGUGAAGCCAAAGCCAGGAGCUAAGAAAACGAAACGUGGCUCACGGUCGAGAUCAGUGUCUAGAAGCAAGAGGAAGCAGCUGCCUGAAGGAACGAUCCUGAAGGCUGCUGGCUCAGUUGGUCAAGUGAACCUUAACACACCACUGCAGAAAUGGGUAAAGAAGAAGCCAAUCCCAGAUACUUUGGGAACCAAGUCUAGUGGAACUGCAACAGGGAACUCGAGUGGUGUCUCAGCUGCAGAACCAGACUCUUCUGACGUUGAAUCUUCAGGUUCAGAUUCAGAGGAGGUAGAAGAAGAUAAUGAUCCGGAAUUAGAUUAUGAGUUCGCAACGGUGUUGUCUCAGAGGCAGCGCAAGAGUGAGUGA